AUGUCGCGCAGUGCCGCCGCGCGCGCACUCGCGCGCGCAACGCGCGUGGUCUUCGUCGUCCUCGUCUGCGUCGCGUCCACGCGCGUCGACGCGCAAAAGGACGUGCGGACGACCGACCAAAGAGAGAUCGAUGAUUAUCACUACGUCUUCUCGAGCGACUGUCAACCGUACAUGACGUGGCAAGCUCGCGCGUUAUACGACUCCUGGGUGAAGAUUGGCUCUCCAGGGAGACUGACUCGGAUAUUGUCGUGCACGGAGGAGGAGUACGCGGCGUACGCGCACGACGAUGUGGUUCCAGAGACGACGCACGCGCCGAGUUACGUGUGGUACGCGAAAGAGCGAUACGGCGACGAGGACGGAUACGCGGCGUACAACUUACCCGGGGGGAUGAAUUACUGGGCGCAGAAUGUCGGGACGGAUCGACGGUGGGUGGUCAAGCUGGACGCGGAUAUGAUUUUGUUGAAGCCGAUGACGGUUACGGAGAUACCGGCGCGGAAAGGACAGACAGCUGCGGGGAUAUACGGGUACUUAGUGGGCGUCGAUAACGGUAUGGCGAAAUGGUUUGUGGACGAAGAGACUGAGCGAAGGCUCGCUCGCGUGGGUGGAUGGGAGAUUUUCGACGCCGAUGACUUUAAGCGCAUGACGCCGAACUGGCUCGAGCAAACCGUUAAGGUGCGCAUGGACAAAAGAGUUUGGUAUCCGUACAAGGGCACCGGGGACGUGUACAUCACUGAGGAUGCGCCCAGACCUUGGAUAUCGGAGAUGUAUGGCUUCAUCUUCGGAUGCGGCAUCUCCGGGCUGACGCACAAUGUCAUGCCAUCGACGCAGCUGUACGCCGGGUACACACCGUGGGAUGAAGCCAGCGAGGACCCAUUCAUCGUGCACUACGGUACCAAGUUGGACGACGGCAAGGGUUACAAAUGGGAUAAACACUACGACGAGGGCCAUGUAGAACGCAUGACGUGCGAGACGAAGAAUGUGAAGCCGUUUCCAGUGGUUCCGUUACCUCGAGAACCGGGAAAAGGCGCGUCGGUGAAGGAGCGACGAGAGUACAUCAAACUCAAAAUCAUGUACAUCACCGUCACGAGCAUCAACGAAUCGGUGAAAAAGUACAAUGAAGAUCGAUGCGAUCCAGUCGUUCGCCGGGCGAUGCCCGAUAAGGCGCCAUCGCGAGCUCCGACGGUCGAGCUAACGCGGAAACGUAAACACGUUUCGGAUAAGACGCCGAUGAAAAGUGUCAACGCCAGACUUGAGUCUGAGAAGUCCGCGAGCGAGGCGCUCAGAGAGAUGCGGCUCCUCGAAAAAGAGCUUGUGCACGAGAGUAGAAUGCGUCAGCUCUGGACGUACGCGGUCUUGUCUUGGAUAAUCGGCUCCGUCUUGAUUGGAUACCGAGUGUGCUCGAAAAGACGUGUACGCUCGCAGAGACGUGAAAAGAACCCAUUUCGCGUUCCAGUGUGA